AUGAUAUCGCGUAUUUCUUGUCAGUCUGUCAGGUCCUUCCAGACUUCGCGAAACCUAUUCAAGCGUAUUCGAAGCCCUCGAAACCAGCAAAAUGUGCUCAAUGAAACUGUAAACUCGGUCCCUGGGCGUGCUAUUCCCGGCUACUCUGUCGGUGCCAAGAUAGCCGCGGGAGCAUCUGCAUGUGGCCUUGGCGGGCUUGUCUUUUACGGGCUUAACCUUUCCAAUGAAAACAGAGCCGUCGACCGUGCUUCCUACUGGCCCCAGUAUAUCAAGGACAGAAUUUCCUCCACCUACAACUAUCUCUUCCAGAGUCUCUUCGUCACUGGUGCUGCUGCGUAUGGAGCGCUCCGUUCGCCUAUGAUCAUGGGUCUCGCUAGCCGUGGAGGGAUCAUGGCUUUUGUGGCAACCCUCGCCUGCAUGAUCGGGCUUCAAAUGGGCGUUCACGCGUCGCCCUAUGUUCCUGGCGAAUUCAACGCGCAGAAGAAGGCCUUCUGGGCCCUCCACGCAACUUUCAUCGGAUGCAUGAUGGCUCCUCUUGUUGCCAUGUUUGGCGAUGUCGUCGCUCAAGCAGCCCUGUACACUGGCGGCCUUGCUGGUGGCAUUUCCGCUCUCGGCUGGGUGGCUCCCUCCAAAGAUCAAUUCAAUAUGAUGACCCCACUCGCCAUGGGCAUGGGACUCGUUCUGGUUGCUGCUAUGGCUUCUCCAUUUUUAGUCCAACUUCUCCAGCUGGUGGAGCGCUCUUCUCAUUCGUUCUCUGGGGCGGAAUGA